GUUAGAUUUGUUUUUAAUUAGAAUAGUUAUUACAUUAAAAUAAAAUAAAUUACAAUAUGUGCCAGGGAGCAAGCAAAUAUAUCCUUUGAAAAGACCUAAGAUACAGUAACUAUGGAAGUUAUCAGAAGGCGCGUCGGUCACGUGCCAAUCACAUGACGUGCUGACGUCACAAACCAGGAACACACCGGACAGGCACACGAAAACAUGACUUCUAUCCACUUCGUGUGUGUAUUGACCAUUGUCAAUGCCGUAUUGUCAGCCAGUUAUUUCACAGCAGAAAUAAAAACAAAUACUCGUCCAAUAAUUGGUGUUCUCGCGCAGGAGGUUUAUAAUCCACAGCCGGGCAGGAACUCGUAUAUUGCGGCCUCGUACGUGAAGUUUCUGGAGUCUGCAGGCGCUCGAGUGGUGCCUGUCAUAAUCAAUAAGUCUGAUGAAGAAAACACACGUCUCUUUAAAUCCAUUAAUGGGGUUUUGUUUCCUGGUGGUGGAGUCAGUAUAGAGACGUCCGGCUAUUCCAGAGCAGCUGCUCUUUUCUACAGACUCGCUCUUGAGGCGAACUCAAAGGGUGAUUAUUUCCCUAUUUUGGGAAUCUGUUUAGGAUUUGAGCAGCUGACACUGUUAACCAGCAGUCAGUUAUUACUGUCUCACACGAACACCAGCGGUGUUGCCCUGCCACUCAACUUCACUGACGAAACCAGAGACAGUCAACUCUUCAAAGACUUUCCUGAUGAUCUUAUGAAAUCACUGGCGUCUGAAUCUCUCACGGAAAACUCGCACCAGUGGAGUCUGACUACAGCGAACUUUACCAAGAGUGAGAGGCUGAAGAAGUUCUACAGAGUUUUAAGUACCAACACAGAUGGACAAAAUGAGUUCGUGUCCACAGUUGAAGCGUAUGAAUUUCCCAUCUAUGGCACCCAGUGGCACCCGGAGAAGAACGCUUUUGAGUGGACACGGCCCUAUAUUCCCCACACGCCUUCAGCCAUUAAAACCACCUUCUACACCGCUCAGUUUUUCGUCAAUGAAGCGAGGAAAAAUCUUCAUACUUUUGGCAGCACCGAGGAAGAACAGAAGGCGUUGAUCUAUAACUACAAUCCUGUAUACACUGGAACUGAAAGCUCAUUUGAACAGAAAUACUUUUUUGAUUAGUCUA